AGGUGAAAUGUGUGUUCCAGGGAUGGCUGAGAGGUCGUGUGUGGCGGUGAGCAGCUGAGGUCGGCUGUGAUCUGGGUCUUCUCUUCUGACUGAGAGCAUGUACAGGAGGAAUGGACUCCCUGCCAGCGUCAGCAUCACCUCCCGCCACACACAGGACAGCAGUAGUUCAGAGUCCCUAGAUGGACGGAGUUUGGACUCUGCCAAGAGCUUUGACGCGGUGGUGUUUGACAUGCUCAAAGUGACACCCGAGGAGUUUGCUAGUCAGAUCACUUUGAUGGACGCUCCUGUAUUCAAAGCGAUACAGCCUGAGGAGCUGGCGAGCUGUGGAUGGAACAAGAAGGAGAAGCAUAGCCUGUCACCCAACGUUGUGGCCUUCACACGGAGAUUUAACCAGGUCAGUUUCUGGGCAGUGAGGGAGAUACUGACGGCUCAAACAUUGAAAAUCCGAGCAGAAAUAUUGGGCCACUUCAUCAAAAUUGCCAAGAAACUCCUGGAGCUGAAUAACCUGCACUCGCUGGUAUCGGUGGUCUCUGCUCUUCAAAGCGCACCUAUCUUCAGAUUGAGCAAGACCUGGGCGUUGAUCAGUCGAAAGGACAAGGCAACCUUUGAGAAGCUCGACUUCCUGACGUCAAAAGAAGAGAAUUACAACCGCAUGAGAGAGUACAUCAGGUCCCUCAAAAUGGCCCCCUGCAUCCCCUACCUAGGAAUUUACCUGUUUGACAUGACCUACAUUGAUUCCGCCUACCCUGCUUCUGACAGCAUCAUCGAGACUGAGCAAAGAACCAAUCAGAUGAACAAUUUACUGCGCAUCAUCUCCGAUCUACAGGUGUCCUGUAACUACGAUCAUUUAGUCAUGUUACCACAUGUGCAGAAGUAUUUGAUGUCAGUGCGCUACAUCGAGGAGCUCCAAAAGUUUGUGGAGGAUGACAAUUACACACUGUCAUUGAAGAUUGAGCCUGGGAACAGCUCACCUCGUCUGGUAUCCUCCAAAGAAGACCUUGGAGGACCCUCAGAUGAGUAUGUUUUGUUUCGGUGUGAUAUAAGAGAAGACUGUCCUGAUACAUCAGUGGUUGCCCACCUUCCAACACCCCCUCCUGCCCGACACAGGAAGAGCCACAGUCUGGGGAACAAUAUGAUGUGCCAGUAUGGUGUGGUGGAGAGUAAAAGUGCAACAUUUCCUGCAAAAGAAAAGGCUCGACACCUACUGGACGACAGUUUCUUAGAGUCUCACAGUCCUGUCAGAAACCACACACACGAUUCAGUAUUUACCAACGGCAUCUCACUUGGCAGUAGAGAGAGCUCUUUUAGUGAUGAAUUAUCAAGUACAGUUGAGAGAGGACGUAUGUACGCCACACUUGGUCCAAACUGGCGAGUCCCAAUCUGUACCUCUCCCAGAAGUAGAAGUUAUAUUUAUAGCACCCCAGGAGCAGUUUCCAGCUAUGAAUGCAGUUCUCUGAGCAGUAUAACCAUUGAAGGGCCCCUGCGAAGAAAGACACUGGUGAAGGAGGGUAAAAAACCCACUCUCUCAUCCUGGAAGCGCUACUGGAUUGUCCUGUCUGGCUCCAUUCUCAUCUAUUUUGGUUCUAAAGCUCUAAGAGCAAAUGAGCGAAGACAUUAUAAAUCCAGGCCAUGUAAGAAGAUCACGCUCACAGGUUGGAUAGUGGUUCUGCCAGAAAACCCUGAACAUCCAAACAUUUUCCAGCUUACUGAUCCUGAAAGAGGUAAUGUUUACAAGUUCCAGACUGGAUCACGUUUCUCUGCCAUUAUCUGGCACAGACAUUUAGCAGAGGCUUGCAGGAGUACAAGACCACAGAUACCAGCAAACCUCAUGUCCUUUGAAUAGCUGCUUUUUGGGAAGUGGAAUACUGAUGAAGGGAAUAAACCUAAUGGAGAAAGACAUUGCAGAAGAGUUUAUGUGAGGGGGCAGCAUGUUGGACCUAACAUAGUUGGAAAUGUGGCAGCUGUAUCUGUUGAAAAGGUCCAAAAUUCUUGCAGACAUUGUAGACACAGCUGUACUGAGAGAGGAUGGUCUUGUGUCUUCAGUUUAGUGAUAACACUUUACAAUAAGGUUCAAUUUGUUAACAUGAGAAAAAGGAAUAGUUCACUCAAAAAUGAAAAUAUACCUACCCUCAGGCCAUCCAAGAUGUACUGUAGAUGAGUUUGUUUCUUCAUCAGAACAGAUUUGGAAAAAUUAGCAUCACAUCAGUUGCUCAGCAAUGCAUCCUCUAUAAUGAAUGGGUGCCGCUUCUGGCCAAAAUGCCAGUUCAUAAUCCAUAAUAACACUUCCUUCAGUGAAAAAGUCCUUCCCAUGUGUAGAACUGUAAACAGAGCUUGACCUUAGCGUAGUUCUCUUCUGAUUCAGAAUUUUUCACUGAAAAAAAGCAAUAUCAUGGAUAGAGGACUCAAUAUUUUAGCUGGAAGCUAUAUUUUGAAGUUGGUUGGAAUAUAAUGAUAAUAAAUUCAUUAAUGCAUUGCAGCCAUUUUAUAGCAUUUAUGUUCGUUUAUACAAUCAUAUAUAACUGAUGUUAACAAAUUGAAACCUUAUUGUUAGUUUUACCUGACAAACAUAAAGGUACAUAUGACAUAUGUUGUAAAUGACAUGUAUAAAAUAACAUUGUCCAAUAGAUGUCUUCAUGUGAUUAAGUGCCAAAAUUACAACCGUUGUAUUAUUAAACCUCCUAGAAUUAUGUUCAAUUCAUGUUAGAUGGUAGAGAAAAAAAGUGAAAGCAUUACGUCCCUGGACAAUGAGCAUGUAUACAACAUUUAUGAAAGUAACUUCAUAAGAGGAGCCAAAAAAGUGCACUGUAUAAAGGGAAAUUUGUUACAUGAAGGGAAUUGCACAUUGACACAAUAAUGGCAUUUAAGUGGCAAAUGUGGAUUAUUAAACAUGUAAUGUCACAUGGGUAUCAGGAAAUAAGUGCCAAUGUUAAUGUGGUGUAGUUCAACUCAAAGUUCUGUAGUGUAUUUACUUCUGAACAAAAUAUGAGUGAUGUCUGAUUGUAUGUCUUGACAUCAUAAAGUGGGCAGGACCCAAAAGGUAUAUAGUUCUGGAUGCUGAUCAGGUUUUUUAGAGAUACUGUUUUAAAAUGUACAUGUAAAUGAAGUUCCGGAAGAAUGUGAAGAGAAGCAACUGUCUUUUGGUCAGAGCCGUGUAGCAUGUAUUCAUUGGAGAAACAACAGUUUUAGUAGAUGUUCAGUACUCUCAUCUUAUACUUCAGUGUAGUAUUAUUUUUAUUAUUACUUUAUUUAUUUAAAUGGAAUAUAUCAAAAGGUCUGUACAAAUUGUAAAGUACAUAGUAAAGUCUAGUAUUUUGCACAGUCACAAAUUUUUAAACGAUGUAGGAAUGAGACUUAUUCUUCCUCAAAGGUGAUAUUAAAGGGAUACUCCACCCCAAAAUGAAAAUUUUGUCAUUAAUCAUUUACCCCCAUGUUUUUCCUAACCCA